AUGACCUCCGUCGAGCGUGUCGACGAGCAUUCGUCCCAGAUCAAGUUUAACGAGGAUAUCUUCCACAAGUCCACUCAAGAAACACCGUCCCCUCUAAAGAUACACGCCGUCCAUGUCGAGGACCGUCUAAUUCCCGAGACCAUCGACAUCUCUCCACCCCCAUCGCCAUCGCCACCACUAGACAAUACGCCGAUCACCCGGACGAGCACAGACGAGCUAGAGUCUUUCGACAAGGCCCCUGUCGUAGAUGCCACAGAAGAACAGGUUCCAGAAAACCAAAUACAGCAGAAACCUCCUGCCAUUCCACCCAAAAGCCCUCUCCGUGGCGCCAAAAAGAUCAACUGGUUGUCCAGAUUGCUCAGCAAGACUGUCGGAAGACUGAGUUGCUUCCAUGGAAAUAACCAAAAGGAGGUCACCAAGCAGGACCAGAACCGUGAAGCCAGAGCUGGAUCUACAUUUUGCAGAGGCGGUACUGUCGGAUCCGGCCAUCCGGUCAUCACAAUUCCGGAUCUUGGAGGUAUUGCAGACUUUGGCGAUAUUUUUGAAGAAUUUUUCGCUAAUUUAGCAGACUGCGGCGGCGAUUCAUCAGGUUGCGGUGGUGGUGAUUCAGCAGACUGCGGUGGUGGUACAGGGACUGCGCUGGCGACUGAUAAUUAG